CUGCCCGCCGGAGACUGCGGCCGAGCUCCGCGCAGUGUGCAGCAUUGACAUGUUAAAGAGCCCUGAUGGAGAAGAAGAUGCAGAGGUUAUUCCUGAAGACACCAUGCUAGAAACUCUCCGAAUUAGAAAGAAGGCACUGGAUAAGCGAGAGGAAAGCAUAAUUAUAGAUCGUCCUUGCAGAACAGAAACAUUUAUUUAUGAAAUGGAGUCUCAACCUGUUGGAAAGAGGCCUAACAAUCCAGAAGAUCUAGUUGAAGAGGGAGACCUGCUUUUAACUUUGAACAUCUACUGUCCUGUCAUAUUUGAAAAGCAUAAAGAAAACAAACCGUAUCAGACGGUCCUUGUAUUAGGAAGUCAAAAACUCACUGAACUAAGAGACUCCAUUUCCUGUGUCAGUGACCUCCAGAUUGGUGGUGAGUUCAGCAGCCAGCCUGACCAGGCACCAGACCACAUCAGCAAGGAUCUGUACAAAGCUGCCUUCUUUUAUUUUGAAGGAGUUUUUUACAAUGAUAAAAGGCAUCCAGAGUGCAGAGAUCUGAGCAGAACAGUAAUUGAGUGGUCAAAAUCUCAUGACAGAGGCUAUGGGAAUCUUCAGGCUGUUAAUAUGGAAGGUUAUACCUUCAAUGACUUGUCCCUCAAAAUUGGUUUUCCAUAUCUGUACUGCCACCAAGGUGAUUGUGAACACAUUGUUACCAUCACAGACAUAAGGCUUAUUCAUCGUGAUGAUUGUCUGGACAGGACUCGUUAUCCCCUGCUAAUCAAGAAGCCUUGGCUAUAUACCAGAAAAUGCUUUGUGUGCAAAAUGUAUAUAGCCAGAUGGGUGACCAACGAGGACAGUCUUGCUCCAGAGGACCCCUGCUUCUUCUGUGAUGUUUGUUUCCGCAUGCUCCAUUAUGAUGCAGAAGGCAACAAACUGGGAGAGUUCCUUGCUUACCCUUAUGUUGAUCCUGGGACUUUCAACUAAGGCUGGCCUUCACCAGGAUGAAUUCGGUGACCUGGAUCGGUGGAUCUACUGCUAUGGCUGUUUGGUUGUUACAAUCAGCAGUCCUUCCAGUGCUGCUCAGCUUGUGUCUUGGUGGGGUAAUUUUGAAAAGGACAGUUUGAUUUCAGA